AAAAGACUUGAGAAAGCCAUCUUUUCCGUGAAGGCUUCCAGUGAUCCGAGCAUUGUAGACAAUGGUUUGCAGUGACAGAAAUUUCAUCUCCGCCUUGGCACAUUUGCAGUGAGCAAGCAGAAAAAAAACAAACGUCAUACGAGCGAGGCAACUUUAAAUCGACGGCAUUUUUAGAGUAUUGAAUCAGGGUCAACCCGAGUGAGAGAGAGUGAGAGCAAAAUGGCCGCCAUGCAACAUCCCGAUGCUGCGUCCAUUCACGCUCAAUUCGAAGAAACCUGUUCUGACUUUCAGGUGCCGGCGACUCGAGCAGCCGCAGAACAGAUCCUCACUUCAUUUCGUCAAAUACCCCAAGUUCUUUCAGUAUGUCGAUAUAUUCUAGAUCAUACACAGAGUCCCAUGGUGCAAUUUCAGGUCGCUUUAGCUAUUGGUGAUGUCGCCAUGCGGGAUUAUCUACUGUAUUCUCUCGACGAUCUCACGGGACUGAAAACGUACCUUAUCGAGUAUUGUUUGCAACGACCAACCUUAAUGAAAUAUGUGCGUGUUCAACUUCUGCGAGCCGUUGCGCUGAUCACCAAGCGUGGUUUGUUUGACAUGGCGGAUAAGGAAAAGGAAGCCAUAUUUCUGCAUGUCAAAUACUUGCUGGAAAUGGAUAAUGAGCCAUCGCAAAUUCUCGGUGUGUCUCUGGCCAUUGAAUUGUUGGAUCAAUUUUCGAGUGGCAAAUCGCUUAGUGUGGGGCUUACAUGGGAAUUUCAUUACAACAGCAAAGUUUUUUUCGAGAGUCAUAUCCUGCUUCCAUUAUUCCAGCAACUUAUCGGCAAGUUACAUACAAUGAUCGGAUCCCAUCAGCCACAACCGGAUUGUGUCCCGCCUCUGCUGAUCGAAAUACUUACCUUGCUGGAAAAGAUAUUGCAGUGGGAUUUUGAAGCGACCAAUACCACUGCCGUCUUUUCAGGAUCAUUUGCCAAGGCUCCUGAUGCCGCGGAUGAUUUUGAUCGCGAAGAUGGUCCUACAGUGGUCAAAAAAACAUACUCACUCUUCCCCAAUACCUGGCAACCGGUCAUUGGCAAUGCCGAAGUGAUUUGGCUCUUUUUUAUGACUUAUUCCGUCGUCCAAGCCGAUGAACAAUUGGCGCAUCGCUGCAGACAGUGUCUUGUGCAACUUGCAGGAUUCAAGCAAGAAUUUUUUAAUAACGAUACAGCAGCGAUCAAGAAUUAUGCUACCACCAUGGUGCAUGGAAUUUUGAAAAUGACGAGCGGUAUUCUCGCUGGAGGAAAUCAUAUUGAGGGGCUUGCAGAGCAAGGGCCUCAAAUGCUAGGCACCAUUCAGAUGAUUCGUCGACUACUGGAGAACAUGCCGUUGCCUGUGCUGUGCUCCAUUCCUGAAUUCUUCCAAUUUCUUAAUGAGAUUGGCCAGCUUCAACUUCUCAGUCUGCAGGGCACCAUUAGCGAUAUCGACGAGGGAUGGAUUGGCGAAGCUUGCGAUGAAUGCUUGCAAACAUGGGUCAAGCUAGCGGAUGUCGUUCAGCCUUCGGAUCUGCGUGGCGCGGAUCCCAAAGCCGGCUUGUCUCAGACCGAGAUCCAAACCCUCACGCAAUACAUGAGAAAUGUCGCAUAUCAGAUUGUGGAAGCCUACAUCAAAACCCGUCUCGAAUAUGCAAAACGCAGCCUUGAAGAGGACGAAGAAGAAGAAGAGGACGAAAUUACGAGCGGCUUCAAAGAUUGGGAUACAUACGCGGAUCAACUCACAUGCAUUGGCAUUCUCGGUCGAUUAAACCCACACCAAAGUUUACUGAUCUUGCAACAAGUACUGGAUGAGCGGUUUACGCAGCUUAAGGCCUACUUCACCACGAAUGUGCUUGACGCUGAUCAUCAUCUGUGGGUGCUUCACGAACAAAUGCAUUGGAUCACGUUGGUAGCCAGCCACAUCUUGGCCGAUGCAGGCAAAGGCGAGCAACCGAUGAUUCCCGAUAGUUUAAUGCACUUGUCAGGAUCUCAGCCUCUCAAUGAAGAUCAAGUUGUCAACUUGUGCAAGCGAUUUUUGGAAAUAUUCAGCUUUACAUCAAGCUUUGGCGCCAAUUCCAUAGAGGCCUCCAACUGCAGCCCUCGCGUAGCCGAAACAUUGAUAUGGUUCAUGGAACGCUGGAGCAGAUCUUACCUGCUUAUUGAUGAAAAUGAAUACGGUUUCAUCAGUCCGAAUAUCGCCAAGGCAUUUGGCCGACCGGGCCCUUCCGAUGGUGAAGGCAUAUACAUUGUCGAUUUCUUUAUCCAACAAAUGAAAGCGAAUUUUGUCUUGUGGAACGCCGAACAGGAUGUUUUGCUUCAGCUUGUCCGAUGGCUCGAUACCUGUGGAAACUGUACUAAUUUACGGAAUGGGUUGUUGCAAUCGAACAGAUAUCCCGAACUUGUUCGUUUUGUCACCGAGAAUCUCGAUCAUCUUCCCGUAGUGAUCCACAAUUCCUUGGUGCAGACGAUCACUACCAUUUCUAGUGGCGCAAGCGAUCCCAAUAUUCGUGAUACUCAUCUGGCCCUGAUUUUUGGAAUGAUUGAGGAACGCUUGGGGUCGGUGUUGCAUGAUCCCAAUUUCAGUCAAAAAUUCCAACAAGCAGAUGUAACCAACAAUCUUUUAAAUGUAUUGGAGAUGUUUGACGGUUUGGCGCUUGCGAGUCAAUUCAGUAAUACGGCCAUCAUUUUUACAUUCUGCUCGAAAUUUUUUGCCAGUUUCUUGCAGUUGAUGAAUAUCUACAGGACAGUGCUGGAAGUCCAACUGGCUCUCCUACAGUUUUUCGCCGAUCUGGCCAGUCGGAUGGAUUCGGGACAGUUGGAAACUGGACAGAAGCAAACUUUCUAUCAUAUUAUCAUUGAAAUGCUGCGAUCAUUUGGAGCGGCUAAUCAAGGCAAAAAGCGGCUUCAUUCCCAAGAAGAGGAAGCGGAUAAACCCUAUGCAGACAUCUCGGUUGUUCUUGCGCUUUUAUCAAAUUUGAUGGCAUUUGAACUGGAGGAUUUCAAUCAUUCAACCGACAACCGCGCAGGUUCCGCGAGCCACAGUGAUGUUGCGGAUGUGAUACUAUUCGGUGUCAACACUGUGAUUCCAAUGAUUGAUCUUGAGAUUUUAAAGAUCCCUGCAAUUUGUCAGCAAUAUAUCAAGUUGAUUUCCAAUCUCAUCGAGAUUUUCCCGGACAAGCUGGCCGGUCUCCCGUCGGAACUAUUCAAUAACCUUAUUGCCAGUCUUGAGUUUGGUCUGCGCCAUGAUAUCGAUGAUAUCAAGAUUUUGACACUUCACGCCAUCGCUCCUUUGGCCAUGUGGACACACAAACAAGGAUUAGAUCAUGCGAAUGUGGACUUUAUCAAGCCGGCACUGAGCAAAUUCCUCAGUGAGUUGCUCAAUCUGUUGUGUUUCCAGCAUGUCGAUAUGAAUAUUAUGGACGCGGCCGGAGAUGCGUUAGUGUCAUUGAUUUGCGUACAAAAGGAUACGUACAUGACGCUGGUGAACCAGAUCAUUUCGCAACAACCGGCGGAAAUUCAGCCUCGGUUAUUACAUGCUUUUGAGGAACUGGAUAAAGUGACGACUAAGGACAAGUUACCCACGCUGCAGGAAGCGUCCAACUUUAAAGAAGCGUUACUCUCUUUCCUUAUGAAUGUGCGAGCCGUGCUGCGUGUGAAAUAACGGUCAUCUAUCACUAUGUUAAAUAAAAAA